AUGUCUGCUGAUCAUUUGCAGUUCUUGAAGAACAAGUUCAUUCUGGACUUGAAAGAAGCGGAGGAGGAACACUCCGGGGAAAAUGAGAUCCCCCUUCUCUCUCGUUUUCAACAGAUUAGAGAUGCGUUGAAAGCAAAGGACAUCACGGCAUCUACAUCCAUCAGAUUGAAGAAUUGUCUAUACAACGCCAUCAGCGCAUUAGAAGAGUGCGUGGUGUUGUCGGAGAAGCGUGAGCCCCGAAAGAAGAAGGAUGGUCCGAUGCAUGGAUACACUCUGGCGGAGCAUUGGAUUUUAUGCAAAACCAGAAGGUUGUUGGUUCAAAUAUCGAGAAGGCUAACUGCUACAGCUGAUGCGGUUAUUCCUGGUAUGACCGACAUGGCCGUAAGUUCAUCCUCCACCUCCUUACCACUCAUUCCAAGACCAAACCCUGAGAAUUUUGAUCCCGACGAUUUUCGAAGUUUUUAUGUACAAAGAAAUGAAAUUAUUGAUCGACUUGAGAAUACAGGGGAUGGGUUUCAGGAAAUCGGAAUCGUGGGGAUCGGGGGAUCGGGUAAAACCACUCUGGCCCAAUUGGUUUUUACUAAAAUCGAUGGGUAUCUACGGGAUAACAGAAUUUGGAUCUGCUUAUUCCCGAAACUGAGUGGAGAUGUGGACUUCAAGGAGAUGAUAAAAGACAUGUUGAAGCAGUGCGGGGCAGCGUCUCGGGAAGUAGAAGUAGAAGAGCUGUUGGAGAAUCUUGGGAAAGCUUUGAAGGGUAAAAGGUAUUUGAUGGUGUUGGACGGCAUCUGGGACAUCAACAUCCACUGGUAUUUCAAGUUAAAGGACAAGUUGAAGACUGUGAGUGGUGAUGGUAAUGGUGAUGGGCAUGUCAUCAUUACAAGCCGACUCCCCCACAAAGCAAGAAUGAUGGUGGGCCCUCACAAUUUGUAUCACAUGCAACCUCCAUUAGAAUCCAUGGAGCACAUGUGGCAAUUCAGUGGAACAUUGGGUUUACUUGAAAGGUAUAAGUUGAAAUUGAAGGAUGAGGUUAUAGAGCAAUGUGAUGGCCUCCCAUUAGCAAUGCACACAUUGGCACCAGUGAUUGACGACCAGAUCCUGGGAGACAGGUAA